AUGGACGACCAAAUCCCGGCUGUCCCUGUGCCCGGCCAAUGGCCCGUCGAUCCCCAGGAGGAUGUGCCUAUCUCCGAGGACCGAAUCUGGGUCGACGGCUGCUUCGACUUUAGCCACCAUGGUCAUGCCGGUGCCAUGCUCCAAGCCCGUCGCCUGGGCAAGGAACUCUUUGUCGGCAUCCACUCUGAUGAAGCAAUCCUCGAGAACAAGGGUCCAACAGUGAUGUCCCUGGAAGAACGUUGUGCCGCCGUGGAUGCGUGUCGAUGGGCCACUCAGAGUGUUCCCCAUGCACCCUAUGUGACCUACCUGCCCUGGGUCUCCCACUACGGCUGCAAAUACGUGGUCCACGGGGACGAUAUUACGUCCGACAGUGACGGGAACGAUUGUUAUCGGUUCGUCAAGGCCGCGGGUCGCUUUCGCGUGGUCAAACGGACCCCCGGGAUAUCCACCACCGAUCUCGUCGGCCGCAUGCUCCUCUGCACUAAGAACCACUUCGUGAAAUCCGUGAAGAACGUGCUUUCCGGGGAAGAAGGAUCGGGUGCUCCAGACGAGCGCAAGAACUUCGGUGCCGACCUUUUGCAACGCGUCCGGGACUAUGCGACGGAUGAGAGUGGCCUGCAGCCGGGACCUCAGGUAUGGACAUGGGUUGGCUCCGCGCCCGCCAAGCUGGACCAUGUGGUGGCGGAGGCCGGCGCAUUUGAGACCCUCGUGGGGGGAAAAGACCCUAAGCCUGGGCAGCGCAUUGUCUAUGUCGAUGGAGGCUUUGAUCUGUUUUCCUCGGGCCACAUUGAAUUCCUGCGGAAGGUCAUGCAUCUGGAGGAAGUAAAGGGCCCCUAUAUCGUGGCCGGUAUCCAUGAUGACGACGUGAUCAAUUUCUGGAAGGGCUUGAACUAUCCCAUCAUGAACAUUUUUGAACGUGGCCUCUGUGUGCUCCAGUGUCGGUAUAUCCAUGCCGUCGUCUUCUCCGCUCCCUUCACUCCGAGCCAGCCCUACCUCGAGGCCCUGCCGUUGGGCACGCCCGAUGUCGUCUAUCACGGGCCGACCACCUUCAUCCCUCUGACGUAUGACCCAUACACGGCACCAAAGGAGAUGGGCAUCUUCUGCGAAGUCCCGCAGCAUGCCUUCCAACAUGUCAACGCUGGCGAGAUCGUUGGCCGGAUUAUGAAGAGCCGAGAAGCCUACGAAGCUCGGCAGCGGGCUAAGCUGGACAAGGGGGUUGCGGAGGACUUGGUGAAAGCAAGAGAGCAACAGUCUGCCUAG